GUAGUGAUUUGUGUAUCACGUGCCUACGAUGUGUGAGACAAAAAAAACUCGACUGUUCUGUACUGGACUGACAGUAUUUGUUUUUGCCGAUGUGUAAAUGGAAAUAAUAGCGGAACGAAAUGCGAAAGAAAAUCGAAGUUUGUUUGUGGAAUAAUCAGAGUCAACAAUUUAUUUACAUUUAUAGUGUACAUCCUUAUUUAGUGGGUAUAUGUGUUCUGAAAAGAAAACGACCCCAAAAAUUCAGAAUAAUGACGGUUAUGUGCCAAAAACCAUUAGCACGAAAACAGACAUUUUGGAAAUAAUGAGUUACAUAAGUGAAUAGAUAAAUGAAAAAAAAUUAUAUAUAAGUUAUCACACGAUAGCAAAAAGUAUUAGCAUUCACGGAUAACUGCAAUUUUGAACGCUUUCUUUUGAAACUGUCUUCUUCAGACAAGAAUGGCUCUAACCAGCCUACAGAUGACAUUUACAAAUCUUAUCAUAUUGAGCGUGCAGUCUGAUAACACGAAACAUGACUCACGUUUGCCGUAUUGUGGAGGUUUGCGCACCUGAGUUGGCGUUUGUCUAUUUUGAGAGUCAGUGAUACAAAAUUGUUUUUGUUUCUUUGAAGUUAUUCUAAUCGUUUAUUUUAUCGUACGCUAGAUAAGCUAGAUUAUGUCAAAAUUUAUCGGUUCUGUAAAAAUAUUGCCCGACAAACGAAUAAACUUAGUUGGAGAAGAAUUGUUGUCUGGUAAAGUAGCACACAUUUGAAUAAAGUUUAGAGUAUUUGUGUAGCCAAAAUGCUAACUCAAUUUGCUGGUAAUAUCUCGUGCACUGUUGAACCCGGUCAAAUAUUUGUCAUCGGCGCUAGGCCUAUUGAUGAUGCUGAAAGAAUAGACAUUAACUUCUUGUCGGGAAAAUCUGAUGAAGCUGAUAACAUACUUCAUAUAUCGAUUCGUUUCUUAGAGGAUAUAAUUGUGCGAAAUUCGAAAAUUGGAGGAUCAUGGGGAUAUGAAGAACGAGCUGAAAGCUUGAAUGAGUUGACUGCACCGAAUCCUAUUACGGCAGGAGAACUAUUUAAACUAUACAUACUGGUUGGCGAUGACAAGUUCCAUAUUGCCAUUAACGGACAGCCGUACUGUACAUAUGCUUUCAGAGCGACGCUUUCGGAAAUCCGUGCCAUUUCAUUGUUCAAAGAUAUCCAACAAAUUACACAAAUUGAUCAUCGCCAAGCUUUCCCAACUCCAUUUCCGGCAAUCCAACUAGAAGAAAAGUUUAAUUCAUUCAGUAAUGACGUUCCAAAACCUUUUCUUCCAGGCCACGUUAUCGUAAUAACAGCCAUACCAUUUGGAAAUCCCCGCGGUGGGUUCAUUAUUCGUUUCAUGGAAAAUGGAUCGAAAAGGCAAGCAUUGCACUUCAACCCGCGAUUUGAUCCACAUUAUGUAGUGGUUCGGAACUCACAUACAGAGGCCCUCGAAUUCCGUAGAGAGGAGGACCGUAAGGGAGGAUUCCCAUUUGUGUUAGACCAACAGUUCAAAUUGGCCAUAGCACUAACUGAAAGUGAGUUUAAGUUCGCAGUAAAUGGAAGCUAUUUUGAAGCAUAUGCCUACCAAGAUGCUAAUCAGUUGGAUACUCUUAAUGGAUUCAAAGUCCAGUGUAGUAAUGGAAUGCAGCUCGAAGUAACUAAUGUAGAUCAUAUGAAUAUGGGCGUUCCAGAUUGCGAAGGAUUCGAAAGUUAUUCACACCCAGAAGUUGAAAUUUUCUAAGCCAAUACAAUAUGCAAUUUCGAUGUCAUAAAUUGUCCGUUAAACAACUCAACUGUGAAUACAAUAAAAAUGUGGUACUUACAUCGAA